AUGGGUAUCCUGGAGGAUGGGAACCACACUGCAGUUACAGAGUUCAUUUUAUUGGGUUUAACAGAUGACCCAGUCCUUAGAGUCAUCCUCUUCACCGUCAUCCUGUGCAUCUACCUGGUGACUGUGUUUGGAAACCUCAGCACCAUCCUUCUCAUCAGAGUCUCUUCCCAGCUCCAUCACCCUAUGUACUUUUUUCUCAGCCACUUGGCUUCUGUUGACAUAGGCAUUUCAUCUUCUGUCACUCCCAAUAUGCUUAUCAACUUCCUGCUGGAGAGAAGCACAAUCUCCUACACUGGAUGUGGCAUCCAGCUUGGCUCAGCAGCUUUUUUUGGAUCAACUGAGUCAUUUCUUCUGGCUGCCAUGGCUUAUGAUCGUUUCAUGGCAAUCUGUAACCCACUGCUUUAUUCCACCAAAAUGUCCACACAAGUCUGUAUCCAGUUGCUUGUGGGAUCUUAUAUAGGGGGUUUUCUUAAUGCUUCCUCUUUUACACUUUCCUUCUUUUCUUUUCUCUUCUGUGGACCAAACAAAGUCAAUCACUUUUUCUGUGAUUUUACUCCUUUAGUUGAACUCUCCUGUUCUGAUAACAGUGUCCUGCUAAUUCUUGAUUCAUUUUCUGCUGGCUCCAUCAUUGUAAUCACAGUGUUUAUCAUAGCCAUCUCCUACACCUACAUCCUCAUCACCAUCCUGAAGAUGCGCUCUACUGAGGGUCGACACAAGGCCUUCUCCACCUGCACCUCCCACCUCACAGCAGUCACCAUCUUCUAUGGAACUGUCACAUUCAUUUAUGUGAUGCCAAAGUCCAGCUACUCCACAGACCAAAACAAGGUGUUGUCUGUGUUUUACAUGAUAGCAAUCCCCAUGUUGAACCCCCUAAUCUACAGCCUUAGGAAUAAUGAGAUUAAGAAUGCUCUGAAGAGACAAUUUAGUAAAAAAACAUUUUCUUAG